CGUCAGCUGGCCAAAGGUGGCUGCUCCCAAGGCCACAGCCACAUACUCCUCGUCUGCCAAGCGAAAGCAAAUCUGCAUGGGUUCAGAUGGGAUCGGAUCGAAUGGGAUGGGACAGAAGGAGGGAUGGGAUGUGCGAGACUACAAGGCGCCUGGCGCAACAGCCAGCUCGGCGCCGCAUCUUCGAAGCGAGCCAAACAAUGGCUCAAACUAUUAAGUGGAAACCGACCGAUCCUAGGUACAACGCUGAACCGACGCCGAUGCCGAAGCCGUGCCAUUGUCUCCGAUACAGUGGGAUGCCGCGUACCUGUCGCCAUGAGCAGAUUAUGGCAGGAAUAUCGCGCGGGCUGCCGACAGUCAUAAACCAGGUAAGUGCAACAGACAGUGUCACAUUCGGUGUGUAUGGCGGUGGCGACACAUUCUUUGGAAAUUCCAUGGAAAACACGCUCUCGACUGAAUGAAUAUCAAUGGCCUGAUCGAGCACCGAUGCCAUCAGUUCAUAGUUUACCCUCCAACGGACAGGUUGUCAUUAUACCAUACAUCAUAGCUAUGCAGAUUCAAAUGGAAUUUGCGCCCAAUCACGGCUACAAACCAUUCAAGAUGCCACAGCAGCCGACGCAGCCGCAUGUGGCACCGGCCACCAAUCACGUGGAGUCCAGUGGCUGCUUCAGGAAGGGCUCCUACAUUGAGCUAUCCAAUGGAGCGAUGCGUCGUGUGGAGGACAUUCGCACAGAGGACUUCAUUCAAUCGGCGUUGCGCAGCCAGCUCUUCGAUCUGAGAGAGGCCACGGUCGUACGGAUUGACAGGGGACACUUGUCCACCUCCUCGCAUGUCACCAUCACGUUUAGCUACGACACACGACACUCCAAGGUCAAUAUGGAUGUGCUGCCGGGUCAUCCGUUGUUCGUCUAUGGCCAGGGCUGGGCCUCCUGCAAUCCGCAAUUGUCGUUCCAGCUGUACGAGCUUAAGUGUCAGCAAUUGCAGGUCGGGGACAUCUGCCUGUCGCUUGUGCCCCGAGAGCAGCAGACUGUGCACCACAUUUCUGCUCCUCCUCCUCUUGCUGCUGCUGCUGACCCACCGGCGCCUCCACCACAAGUGCCACUUGCGUCUCCACCGGACAGGGGCUAUGGGAUGGCGCCCAUGAGGCAUCAUUCCUAUCAGAUGUAUGCAGAAAUGGCCAAUUUUGUGGCUGCCUACACCCAGCACGUCAUUGAGAAAUUAAGGAACUAGCCAGUUCUGGAGUUUUUGCAUAGGAAAAUGGCUAUGCUUCGAUAGAUUUCUCGCUAUCGCUGUCAUGACCAA